AAAAAUGACCCAUUUAGUUUUUGGUUUAGUAGAAACUUUAGAUGCAUAGAAGAUACAAACUCAAAAAACAGAGUUUCCAAAUCUUUUUUGGUUUUGACUUAUGAAGCAGAUUUUGAAGAUGUCGAUUAAGGAAACAGAGGAAGGAAUAAUGGAGAAUGAGGUUGGAGAGAAAGGAGAUGAUUUAAGCAUGAAGAGCUUUCUAUGGCAUGGUGGUUCUGUUUAUGAUGCUUGGUUUAGCUGUGCAUCGAACCAGGUUGCUCAAGUUUUGUUGACACUACCUUAUUCAUUUUCACAAAUGGGAAUGGCAUCAGGUGUAAUUCUGCAGAUCUUCUAUGGUUUUAUGGGAAGUUGGACUGCUUAUCUCAUCAGUGUUCUCUACGUUGAGUACAGAAGUCGAAAAGAGAAGCAAAAUGUUAACUUCAACAACCAUGUCAUUCAGUGGUUCGAAGUGUUAGAUGGUUUGCUUGGUCCAUAUUGGAAAGCAAUAGGAUUAACAUUCAAUUGCACAUUUCUUCUCUUUGGUUCUGUUAUCCAACUCAUCGCUUGUGCAAGUAACAUAUAUUACAUAAACGACAAGCUGGACAAGAGGACAUGGACUUACAUAUUCGGAGCAUGUUGUGCAACAACGGUGUUCAUACCGUCGUUUCACAACUAUAGAAUAUGGUCCUUUCUUGGUCUUGGAAUGACAACUUACACCGCUUGGUACCUCACCAUCGCGGCUCUGGUCCACGGUCAGGUCGAAGGAGUUACUCAUUCCGGUCCAACCAAGUUGGUUCUGUAUUUCACUGGAGCCACUAAUAUAUUGUACACUUUUGGUGGCCAUGCUGUUACUGUGGAGAUAAUGCAUGCAAUGUGGAAGCCAAGAACGUUUAAGUACAUAUAUCUAAUGGCUACACUCUAUGUCUUUACAUUAACCAUUCCGUCGGCCAUUUCCGUCUACUGGGCCUUUGGAGAUCAGCUUCUCACCCAUGCGAAUGCCUUCUCUCUCCUUCCUAACUCACCGUGGCGCGAUGCUGCAGUCAUCCUCAUGCUCAUCCACCAGUUUAUAACGUUCGGGUACGCUUGCACGCCGCUAUAUUUCGUGUGGGAGAAAGUGGUCGGAAUGCACGAGACAAAUAGCAUUUUGAUACGAGCGGUCACAAGAUUGCCGGUGGUGAUUCCGAUUUGGUUCUUAGCCAUAAUCUUCCCUUUCUUUGGUCCCAUUAACUCAGCCGUUGGUGCACUUCUAGUCACAUUCACCGUCUACAUUAUCCCAUCACUCGCUCACAUCCUCACUUACCGCUCUGCUUAUUCACGACAAAACGCUGCGGAGAAGCCACCGGCGUUGGUUGGAGGUUGGAGAGGUGCUGUCCUCCUCCGCGGCCGCACCACUGACAUUUGCUCCGCCGCAUUAGACAAUGGAGUGUUUCUGAGCCAACAACGUCAAAUUGUUGGAGUCCAAAUGAACAUCUGAUUUUUUUUUUUUUUAAACAUGUACCAUUUCCUCUUUUUGGUGUUUUAUGCCCAAUAAAAUUAAACAAUUUCC